AUUCGUUUCAAUACUGUCGAUCAGUUCAGAUAUUCUCGAGUGGAUGGUACGCGGGAAUAGAAGAUGAAAGUGCAUUUAGUUCUUACCGUCUGUGCUUUUGUGUGCUGUAAUGGAGUCCUCGAAGCUCGUCAUGCUGGCGAUCAUAGGGAUUUUGUUACUCACAUUCGAAAAUAUGCACCAGACAGCGACACCAGACCGGUAUAUGUAAUGUCUAUAAAACGACCCCCCCUUAAUGAGGCUGAUAAACAAAACCCAUCGCCAGCACCAAGCCCACUAGCUUUUAAGGCUCUCAAAAUAAUGUCCCCACCGAGCGUUCACCUGACUAACAGGGAAAAGAAGCAUCAACUGAGAAGGCUACCCCCUACACCUUUUCCAAACAUAGAACGACUCAUCGCUAAGCGGCUAAAAGUCGCCACAUAUCGUCGGACCGAUCCUGCAGAACGGAAGAAACUCAGUAAGGGAGCAGAUGUCAAACCAACACAGGAAACCAUAGCAGCAAUAGCGGAGCCUAUGCUAGCAACACAAAAGUACUCCCAAGAUGGAGGGUAUAAAAGUAGCAUAAAUAAUCACAAUGAGGAAGGGAUAAGGAGCAAGGAUGCUAAUUGGCCACCGAAUCCAAGUGUUUACCCCGUCAGAAAGACUAGUUUUAUAGACGACGAGGAGAUCGACGCUCUGCAUCAAAUAAACAGUGGUUCAGAUUAUUUGUCACUUUUCUUCAACCAACCAGUGGAAAACAGUCAAAAGAAAGAGCACAAAUUAGCGAAGACGCGCCCUUCUCAGGAGCCACCAAAUGAGGAAAAAGGUACCCAAAGGCUUCCUUUGUUUAGUAUUCUUUCUGAUCCUGUUAAGCGUCAUGGCCAUCGUAACACUCCUGACGUCUUGGAUGAGAACCGAAGAAGCGAUAAUGAAGCACUUCACGAUAAACCUUCUGAAGAUAAUCAGGAUAAGGACCAUCAACUUUCAGCUCUACUGGAAGAUCCCAAUUUGCAAGAGGGCCAGCUUGAUUCAAAUUUGAAUCCUGACCGUCCUGAUAGCCUGGAUCAAUUAGAACCAUUGAAAUUAGAUAAUCUUGAAGCAAGUGGCAGUGGAUAUCCCAAUAAAAACGAGAAUAGUGACUAUCACCCAGCCAGUAGUGAAGCGACUGAGGACCAUCAACCUGAAUAUCAUGAGUUAACGACAGAAUAUCCAGAAAAGCUUUCUAGUAGUGACAAUUAUGAUGAUAGUAUCGAUUCGAAUCCUCUCAAUGUCGAAAAUGUUGAAAAUGAAACUUUGAACCUUUCUCCAACUGAUUCCGAGCAUAUUGAGACGAUUGAUAAUCCCUUUGAAAACCUAGAAAUAGGCACUGACCAACCCGAGUACCACGAACAAGUUACUGAAAGCAACAAUGACAAUGUAGACGAAACAAGUUAUCAAGAAUCAAAUAAUGGAUCAGAUAAUCCUCCAUUCGAACAAAAUAAUCCGCAUGAAGAAAAUAUUGCUGAUACCGAAGAUUUCUACCCACACAGUGACGAAAACGCGAACCACCCAGAGGGUGAAAGUGAUCCUAAUCAAACAAACUAUCCUGACAUCUAUGAACCCAAUCAUCAAGGACAUCAGGAAACACCAGAUGCCCCUUCAAUGAGUGAACAAGAACAAAAUCCUGAUCCCUAUACUGAGGACCCUACGAUGCCUACAUAUCCACACGAUCCUCAUUACACAAGCUAUGAAGAGGACCAAUAUCCACCAAUCAAUUCAGAAACAAAUGGUAAUACACCUGGUGAAACCGAAGAACCGGAUUUUGACGCUGAAGAUCAAUAUCCUUAUGACGAAGACGAAGAAGUUGAUGACGACUACGAUGAGUAUGGCGAUAUAAUGGACAAUUACUAUGAAUACUAUCCUUCACCUUCGGAGCCAUAUCCAUUUCCUUAUAGAAUAGGUAUGGAGGAUCUACCGGAAGCUAACGGGCGUCCUGGAAGAAAGGGCGAUAAGGUCCAGCCUGAAAAAGAAGAUACUACCCCAAAUGCAGCAGUCGGAGAUAAGGACCAGCUUGAAGAAGAAGUAGUUGCUGAUAAUGAUUUUCUUGAAGAGGAAGAAUCUGAUCCUGCUGCAGCAACGGAUGUUAACGACAAGCCUGAGAGAGAAGAGACUAAACCCGAAAAUCGCCCUACUGCAAAACCCAAGCCGCAAAAGCCCCAACCUAACAAACCUGAACCCGAGAAAUCCAAACCCAAUAAACCUAAACCUGGAAAACCACAGUCCAAUAAACCUAAGCCUGCAAAGCCUCUAGCCGCAAAGCCUCAAUCAGAAAAGCCCAAACCUGAAGAGGUAGAUCCUGACGUUGCCCCAUUGUCGCAAGAGAUUAUACCAGAAGCACAGCAACCAGUCGCAACAGCAGGGGUUGUAAAUAAGAAGAAGAAGAAACGUAGAAGGCGGCCAGCAAGACCAGCAUAUAGACCACCUUCUCCUUAUUAUGGAUAUGAUGAUGACGAUGAAGAUGAUGACUAUGAUGAUUAUGAAGGAGGCACUGCACCAGGAGACCCAUAUGAUGAUGAUGAUGAAGAUGAUGACGGAGCCUUCUACGAUCCAGGUGGAUAUUAUCCUUACUCGGGUUCCGAAGAGGACUACGAGGGAUCACCGGAUUAUGGGGGUGGUGACUACGAUUAUGGAAGUGAAGAGAGAAGAAUUGGAAGAUCAAAAAGGCGUUCACGAAGCACAUUGAGAAAAAGAAAGUGGCAUUCGGGCAAGCAGCUGUCGAAGAAAUUGAUUGUUGGCAAAGAGGCUUCAUAGGGAUUUGUGUUAAGUUAAAUGAAAAAUAAAUUUGUGUACAAGUUAGGCUACAA